CAAUCAGGUAAUAAAAAUGUUUUGAAUGUGUUGUAAAGUACUUUGGCAGACUGUUAUAAAGAACUGUCUCUUACUGUACCUGUUUGAUAACUGCUCGUGAGUUUCUCUACCUGUGUCUGUGUCAGGUGCUCUGAACCAGUCUCUUCAUGUGCCGCUACUGGUGCAUCCCAAAAGGAUGUAUUUAUGUCUGUAUAUAUGUAUAUAUUUAGGACUGACUUUACUGAGGUCCCUGUAUGUGAAUGUUGGUGCAUUGUGUGUCUGUACAUAAAUGAAAGUAUGUCUACAUGCACCUAUAUGCACCUAUUACGUAUAUAUGUAUAUAUGCACCUAUUUAUGUCUGUCUUUUGAUAUGUACACCUUUAUAUAUGCCUCAGUUAAUCAGUGUAUAUUAUAUGCUGUUUUAUACAUGUUUAUAUGUAAAUCAGUUUAUUGACAUAUCUCUAUGUGUAUAUAUAAUGUGUGUCUGUGUUAGUGUAUUUGUAUACCUGUUCAAAAUAUAUUUGUGUGUACCAUUGAUGUAUCUGUACAUGUUUAUAUGUCGCUGUGAAUCAGUGUUUUAAUCACCUGUAUCCAGUCACUGCAUGCCUAUAUACAUUAUUGUAUGUGUGUACGUCUACAUAUAUAUAUAUAGCUUGUGUGCACACAUUUCUGUACGGCUGGCUGCUUGAAUACAUGUCUGUCUCUGCUUCUCAAACAAAAGUUAAUACUCUUCUUGCUGUCAGCUUUGGGUGAUGGAACUAAACCUCUGCUGGUCAACACCUUGGUGAGGUUACUGGCUUUCGAUGGAAGCAACAUUGUGGUGAGGGUAAUGACUUCUGUUGACACCAACAUUGUGGUGAGGGUACUGACUUCUGUUGACACCAACAUUGUGGUGAGGGUACUGACUUGUGUUGACACCAACAUUGGGGUGAGGGUACUGACUUGUGUUGACACCAACAUUGUGGUGAGGGUACUGACUUUUGAUGACACCAACAUUGGGGUGAGGGUACUGACUUUUGAUGACACCAACAUUGGGUUGGGGGUACUGACUUGUGAUGACACCAACAUUGGGGUGAGGGUACUGACUUUUGAUGACACCAACAUUGGGGUGGGGGUACUGACUUUUGAUGACACCAACAUUGGGGUGAGGGUACUGACUUUUGAUGACACCAACAUUGGGGUGGGGGUACUGACUUUUGAUGACACCAACAUUGGGGUGAGGGUACUGACUUUUGAUGACACCAACAUUGUGGUGAGGGUACUGACUUUAGAUGACACCAACAUUGGGGUGAGGGUACUGACUUUAGAUGACACCAACAUUGGGGUGAGGGUACCAAACCUCUGUGAGCAUUAUGGUUUGGGGGCAGCACCUCAUGAUCAUAAGGUGAAAGUGCACGUGCUGGAGUAUCUUAUCUGAUCUUACCUACUGAGCGGUCUACUUCCUGUUGAUGCUGAAGCCCGUUUCAUUAACAUUUACCUUCUCCCAGUAACUGCUCUUGUCCUCCUUUUGUUUUAGUAUUUAAAGGACCUGUAGUUCCUGUUGUGGGGUUAAUAAAGACCUUGCACGUUCCUGUCUUGGGGCUAAGUGCUUAGGGACCCCGCAUGUUCCUCGUCUGUGGAUAACUGCUUACAGACCCUGCGUGUUGCUGUUUGUGGUUAAUUGUCAAAUGUUUUUACUUUUAUUUUCAUACCGACAUGGACAAAACUCAUUUACGGACGACACAUUUUGGUUGCUUUGGGCUUCUCGCAUCUCUGGCUGCUUCUUGUGUAGUUUUGUGUACAUCGAGACUUUAAAAUCCGGAUCCAUCAUCUAUCAUCGAUCAUCAUCAUCCAUCCAUCAUCAUCAUCAUCAUCAUGUCACCAAUGGCAAUGGCGGCGCGGUAGUCGUGUAGUCGUUGACGUUUGUAUCGAUGAUGACGAGGGGAGGCAGCCCGUUGCUGUUCCCUCCCACGUGACGCGCGUGUUUUUUGUGCUUUUCGACUUUUUCUUCAUUAAACCCUGAUGUUUACACUGGUGAAUCGGCUUACUCAGCUGACUUAUUCAACUGACUUACUCAGCUUCUACACUUGCUACGAGGUACGUGUCUACUUUGCCUUUAUCUAUUUUUCUAUUUCUCUGUAUGUAGGAGAGUGUGUGUGUCAGCGUGUUUGUGUGCUUGUUACUCUGAUAUUCUGUGCCAUAAGUCCUAUAGAAAAGGUUCAUCAUUUCUUUAGAUGUUUAAGUAAUGCUAAUGUAUACUAAUGGCGUAGUAGAUAAUCAUAGCUUUGACAAUUUUCUGUAAAUAUUUGAUUUCACUGAAGUCAAAAUUUUUUGCUAGGGAGCCAAGAUGUCUUCCCCACAAACUGGGAAAUCGUUUGAUCAUAAUCAGAUAGCUUACGACUCCUCUAACCAUCCCCCCUCUUCCCCUUCGUGGUGGUCAAUCUAAAUUAUAGAAUAUAAAUAUAUCAUAGGUAUUUUCUGGUUCCUUUCCCACCGUUGUUUUUUUCAUGAUGUUAAAUGUUUACAGGGUAGCUCACAGUUUUCCACGUUUGUGGAGUUACAUUUUCAGAGAACCAAGUUACAUUUCGUGCCAUUUCUGUUGUUUUGAGUAACUUGCAGACACAUCGUCCAUUGAUGCUAACACUCGGUCUGUAGCUGACCGGAUGUUUGUCCACCACUGCGCAUGCGUGCGAGAUGUUCUGUGAACGUUCACGUUAGGCUUGAUUGCAGAAUAAACCGAUUCUAUCCUCUUUGUAGACUGGUUACAUUAAAAGAAAGUGUUUCCAGCAUAAAAUGUACUUUUGCAGACAUGA